AUGUUUGUAUUAUUUAUAUUAGCUAGUUACUAUGAGAUUAUCAGUGAACAGAAUGAUGAACCUAGUGAUGCUGAGACCCUCAGUUCUUACUCCUCUGACAGUGCAGGUGAUAUGGAGGAUGGCUCGGAGGAUGGAGACGAUGAAGAUAGUCAGACAGGUGACAAAGGUCCCCAUCCCAUUGACAUCAUGGACCAAGAUACCAGCUCUUUGUCAUCUACAGAGGAUAAUGUUAAUGUUUUGAAUAAGAAUCGUGUUCAGCGCAGUGGUCCCAACAAAGACAGAAGUGCAAUGUAUGAUGAAAUUGAUGGAUUUUUUUCAUGUAAGAAUAAAGAUAAAUCUGGUUAUACAAAGCCAGCAAGACCUAAAGAAAUGAGCCAUCAAAACAAUGAAAUUAACAGGUCAAAGAAUUAUUUUACUGGCAAAUCAAUUAACACUGACAAGUCAAAUAUUGAGCCUAAAAGAUCUACAACUCAAGGAUAUAGCAACAUAGAUGUUAUGUUUAAGCCAAAUUUCAAUUAUAAAACACCAGAGGACAUGAAAACUAGUACUAUGGAGUAUCAACAAAAUGAAAGAAUUGAGAAAUGGCUGCAAGAUAUUAAUAAAGUGACGGGACAGAACCAGGUUAAAAGUGAUAUUAAUUUCACAAGGGGUCAAGGGUUUCAAAAUGCUAACCACACUUAUGUCGUCUCUGAAAACAACAAAGGAUUGUACAACUUUCAUUCAGAACAUAAUAACACUCACAAACUGAAUGUGAAUCAUAAAACCAGCACGUAUGUGCAAGAUCAUUCUACAAACACAAUGCUGCAUAAAAAAAAUUCACAAACUAUUAAGAAUAAAUCAACUGAUCUUCAAAUGAGUUCAAGAAAUGAUAUAGGGAAAUCCAUAAAAAGAAUUGUUCCACUAACAUUGGCCUCAGAAGUAUCUAACCAAGAAAAAGUAUCGAGAAAAAAAGAAAAUAUGAAAAUGAUGAAUAAACAAAGGUUUUCUUCAAACAAUACUUCAACAGAAGACCGAGACAGUUUAUUAGAGCUUAACAAAUUACAACCUACUAAUUCACAAGUAAGUGGACAUGAAAUGAUAUUUUCAAGGGUACCUGUUAUUACACGAUUUGCUUCUCCAGAUAGAUUAUAUAAAAAGAUGAAAGAAAACAAAGUAGGUAUCGCAGCAAAGAUAAUCAUGACUGAGAGUACCAUACAAACUGAAGACAAAACUAAGAAAAAUCUCCAACCAGUGAAAAGAUUUACUCAUCAAACAAAGAAACCAACAACAGUUUUGUCUCCUACACAAAGGAAAAUGAAAGAUUGGGAGAAUGUAGACUUUUUUCUUGAAAAUGAUGAUAUUAACACAAAAAAAUCUACAAUAGCUGAACCCCGUAGAUUUUCUAAGGAAAGAAGUAACGUUGCAUUUAGUACUCCGGCUAUUAAGUUUAAUGAAGAGAAAGUUCAUAAGAGGUCUACAAAUGGUGAGGUGUUUGAACUCAAACCCACUUCUUAUGUUGUAUCACAUUGCAUCAAGGAGUCUGGUAUGAAACCUUCAAUAACAAAUGGGAAUUUUAACCAAAACAAUUCUUUAGAUAUGCCAUCUAAAUUUUCAUCAAAACUCCACAAAUACAACAUUGUUCAAGAAAGUAUGUUAAAGGAAGGUGUAAAUGGGAAGGGCAUUCAGGAUGUUAAUGCUAUCAGACAAGGAGAAAGGUGUUAUCAUGACCAAAAGAAUCCAGCAAACUUCCAGAUACCUGCUGGCUUCCAAAUGGCUGCUACUGAAAAAUGUGUUUCUCCUGUAAAGAUUAAAAACUUGAACAAGAGAGCAAGAAGGAAGUUUGUUCCUAAAGAAGAUACUACCAAACUUAUAGAACUACUUUUUCAUCCUGAAAAAGAUGUUGCAACAUUUUUAUCUCCAAAAUCAUUUCAUAGAAAGUUUGAUAAACCAGUUGAACCUAAAGUAAAACCAGUCCAGGAAACCCUUACAUAUCUGUCUACGUGUAGUAAGAACCCGUCAAAAGAAACAAGUCACAAACAUCUACCUCAGUCUGGAUUGAGACAUUGGAAUUGGUCAAAGACCAUUGAUCAAAGCAUUGUAUCAUAUCAGACUGAGACAGUAAUAAGAAACAAAAAUGAAAAUUCACAGCUAAAUAGAAAUGCAUCUCCAUACAGAAGUGCAAAAGAUUUAUCAAGCAUAGAAUCAUAUGUUAACAAAUCUUUCUACUCUCCAGACUUGCAUAAGCAUCAACAGUUUCAAGACGCAAGUAAAUCAGUUCCAGCUAAGUUACUGCAAAAUUCUAGAACUUCAGAGCAGUCUGGUUUGUUAAUGUCACCUCUGGAGCAAAGGUUACAGGCCACCAGCAGAACAAAGAUGAAAGCAAAACGAAGUCUGCAUAUGAUUGAGAAUGGUGAACAACAAGUCUCUAGGGAAACAAAUGAACAGCAGAUAAUGAGAUAUCAAAACAAUGAAAUUAGGUUGCCUUUCUCUGAAGAUCAACAUACUCCAAGUAAAAAACAUCCAUACUCCUUCAAUUCAAAUGAACAAUCUCCAUCUACAAUUUUCUCUCGUAUGCUACUUAGUACCCCAUCACCAGGUGAUCGUAUGCUACUUAGUACCCCAUCACCAGGUAAUCGUAUGCUACUUAGUACCCCAUCACCAGGUAAUCGUAAACAUUUUUCUAAAUUUAAAACUUCAGGUGAACAAUCAACACAGAUGGAUGACUUAUUUAAUGUUACAACAACAAAAAAUGAAACUUUCAAAAAGCCAUCUUCAGAUUUAAGACGAACAAAAACUUUCCCAGAAGUUAAAAGCAUGUUAAAUAGACAGCCAAAAACAAAUAUGACAAGCAGAUAUGUUUCUGAUGAGAAUAGUAAGAAACCUUUUGUGCCAACAUCAAAUGUCAUUCAAAAUGAAGUGUUCAAAUCAACUCAGCAGACCAAACAAUCAAUAAAUACACUCUUUAGAAAACCAACAAGAACAGAUUUAACUAAAGACCACAGGAGAAAUGACCAAGAAAGAUAUGUAAUGCAUGAUUUGUCCAGAGAUUCAAAUGGAAAUAGAAGAAGAGAGUUGUUUCAAAGUACACCCAUGAAAUCAAGGAAUAGUAAUGUUUUUCAUCUGGACAAUACAAUGUCGACUAUCCAUGAUACCAUAUCAGAUGAUGAUUCAGAAUGUGAAGUUAUGACAAUAUCCACCUCACCUUGAACUUUAUUAACACUUACAAUUUGAAAGUAUUUGGUGAGAUUAUAAACAUAUAAUGUAACACAAUUAUAUAAGUAUAAAGUUGGUUAUAAAAACUAAUUUUCUAUUUUAUUUAAUUAUCUAGCUAAAACGUAAUAGUACAUAUGGUAAACUGUUUUAACCAUCAAUAUGGCUCUGUGAAUUGUCUUCUUUUUUUUCCUUUUCUUUUUUUUUUGUUGUGUAAUGGAGUCUUAUACUUUUUUGUAUGUCCUGCCAUAAAAAGCAUGUUGCAUAUAGUUUUCAUGUUAAUAUUGUCUGCACAUCUUUGAUUAUAUCAGUCUGUCAACUAUAUAAAUUCUAGAUUAAAAUAAAGUUUCAAAGGAUUAUUUAUUAAGUUCAGUUUCAUGGUUGAAAAUCAAAACAAUUGUGGUUCCUCAUUAUUAUGAUUGAAUGAUCCAAGAUUUACAUGAUAAAGGUGUAAGUAGGGAUUAAGGUUAACAUUAAAGUUAUUUUAUGUGUAGAUGUGAACUGAUUUGAAGUAGGUAAAAUCAUUCAAAGGAAUGAAACUUGAAAAGUUCAAUAGUGAUUACAUCAAGCUGUACACUAUUUGAGAUUUAUGUAAAACUUUUCAUUGUUUACAGGAUAAAAUUUGGAUGCUAGUGAACAUUUCAUAAAAUGGAUUUUUGUUUGAUGUGAGAAUUUUUUUUUUAUAUCAAAAUAAUACUAGUUAUGGGGUAGACUAAGAUGUAAAGUAUUCAUUUUUUUUUUCAAAGAUGGUAUGACCUUAUUAUGAUUGAAUGAUUUUGUUUACAAUGGGAUAAACAUACAGUUAUGAACAAGAUUGUUAUACAGUACAAUGUAAAUUUGAUAUAAUGAAAUGUUAUGAAACUUGAUGAUACAGAAUUGAUUGUGUGAACAAUACAAAAUUUAUCCAAAUGAUUGUAUGAAAUGUGUUGGUAAAUGUUAAAGGUGAUUUUAAUGUUAAGUAAAUGUAAUGGUGGUUUGAAACUUUGUAAGAAAGACAUCUAGAUGUGAAGAACAAUAACCGAUGGCAAAUAAUGAUUAAAUAGUCACAGUUUAUCAUUAAA